ACUCAUCAUGAGAAGGUGUAGUUGUGUUUUGAACGGAGGAAGAGGGAAUCUCGUCCGACAUGUCCAAAUCCCCUGCGGCGUAAAACCGGCGGGAUAUUAUGUGGGUCGAAGUGAUCUGCAGCUUCGCCAUUUUCCGAUUACUGAAACGAUUCUUCCGUGAAGAGAACGACGUUCGCGAAGACGAAACAAGUUAUGCCAACGCGCUUUUCUCCGUCACCCGGCAGCUGGAGAAGAUCUAUGGCGGUAAGGCAUUCGUCGGGCUCCUAAUUCCGGAUGUCGAUUCUGGAUCUCGGCGGAGUAUUGAUAUUGUUCUUCUUACUCGCCGGUACAUUUCUCUCUCUUCCCCUAUUUCACUUAAUUUCACAUUCGUCAUCUGCGACUGACAAUUUUAUCACCUAAAUGAUAAAUGUAGACUAAAAUUUUAACAACUGGACCUAAGUGUUAUAGAUGCACAGUGGAUUUUUAUUCAACUAUUGAUAUAAGGGCUAGCAUACCAGUCCAUGCCUUUUAUUUAAGUUGCAGAUCCUGUAAAUUAGUGUCCUGCCUUAGAAUUGUCUUGGCAAAUGAAGAUAUACUUGAUGGAGUAAGUGAACCGGGAAAACAUUCUUUCAUUACCAUGCCGUACUGAGGUCUAGAACGAAACCAUAAAUAGCAAUCACUCUGAGAAGUAGAUGAGAUACAAAGGCUCAAAGAGGCCACUGGAGCUAAUAACAGAAGAAAACUGAAGACACUUCGUUUCAAUGUUAAAAUAGACUUCCAACGACAGUUAGCCGCGCUUCUGCAUCUUGACCAAGAACUUCUCCACAUCAAAGCAUCCUCUUAAGGAGCUGCCCGUAACCAUAAAAAAAUGAGGUACAUAACCCCAACCCCCUUAUAUAGCCUAAACUAAUACAAUGCAUGUUAUUUCUUUUCUGGUUUGUGUAUUACAUGUACUAAUUUACUGCCACCAUGGCACCAUGUACGUUUUAGCUUUGUACAGCUAUAUAUGUUACUCUACAGCCAUCUACAGUGGAUAGAUACCCC